AUGUCAGCCACGGCUUUGCUGCAGAAAGCAGCACAAAUUGGGUCAACAACUUCGAGUGAGGCGCCAUUGCUGGGGAGUUUUGGGAUGAAUAAUAUCAGCAAAGUUUGUGGGCUCUACGGAGUUACUAGUCCGGAUGAUCAUGGUCAUGAUCAUCAUGCCAAGCGCCGCAGCAUACAGAAUUGUAGUGCGGCUACUACUACUACUACUAAUGAUCAUCAUCAUCAUCAAGAAACUAUUGCUGCAGGAGGAGGAGGUGGUCAAACUAGGGAUUUCCUUGGUGUUGGUGUGCACGCCAUUUGCCACUCAUCAUCACCAUCAAUAAACGGGUAUUGGACUUGA